CAGCCUAUCGCUUGUCAUCGGCGAAGGCGAUGGUCCUGGAAAAGCGUCCUGCCUCGGGAGGGGGAGUUUCACGGCGCUCAAAAGACACGGACACGCAGCGAUGAAGCGGCUCUCCGUGGAUUAAACCGCCCCCCCCCCCCCGUGGCUCUGAGCGCGGGAAGCCGCAGCUGAAGCUCCGCGCGGAAGAAUAUGCUCCAGCUGAGCCGCAGCAGCCCCUCCAGCCGCAGCCUGCCCUCCUCCUGCUAAACAUCCUCCAGAGACAGCCCGCAGGCUCCGCACGCCCCGCACGCUCUGCGGCUCCUCCGCGUCCGCCACACGCAAACUUCGCUCCGCGACCCCCCCGGCAGAGGGAUGGCGGGGAAGCCGGCCGCCGCGCAGGGCUACGGGAUCCUGCUGGUGACAGCCAACGUUGGAUCUCUGUUCGAGGAUCCGGAGAACCUGCAGAAGACAUGGCUGCGGGAGUUUUACCAGACCGUUCAGUCACACAAGCCUCACUUCCUGGCGUUGCACUGUCAAGAGGUGGGCGGCAAGAACUACGAGGCAUCCAUGUCCCACGUGGGCAGCUUUGUCAAAGAGUUGUUGUCCAGUGAUGCCCUGAUGGAGUACAACAGAGCUCGCGUCUACCUGGAUGAGGACUACAAAUCCAAGGAGCAUUUCACAGCUUUGGGAAGCUUCUACUUUAUCCACGAGACUUUGAAAAACAUCCAGCAGUUUGAUUUCAAUGCCAAGAUAUUCGAGAAGGUGGUGGGAAGGGAGACGUGCUCAGAGACCCUGGAAAGCAGAUCCUCGCUGGAGAAGGCAAAGUUUCCCAAGGAUUACUAUCCUCAGUGCAAGUGGUCCAGAAAGGGAUUCAUCAGGACUCGAUGGGCCCUGGCUGACUGGACCUUUGAUCUGGUCAACAUUCACCUUUUCCACGACGCCUCCAACCUUGUUGCCUGGGAGAACAGCCCCUCGGUCUACUCCACCACCAGGCAGAAGGCCCUGGGCUUCGUUUUGGACAGGAUUACGGACCAGCGGUAUGAAAAGGUGCCAUAUUUUAUUUUUGGGGACUUUAACUUCAGGUUGGAUUCAAAACAAUUUAUUGAGAGUGUCUGUUCCACCGCCACCAUGCAGACGGUCACAACCGGCAAAACCAACGAAGUUGACAAGCUGAUAUUCAGAGAAAUUGAUAAUGACAAAAAGGUUGUUCUUCAACUUGAAAAGAAGCUUUUCAAUUAUGUCAACCAGGACGUUUUCCGGGAAAACAACGGGACCUCGCUUUUAGAGUUUGAUAAAGAACUGACACCAUUCAAGGAUCGGCUGAUUGAAUUGGAGAUCUCUUUCCCCCCCAGUUAUCCUUACAGUGAAGACAGCACCCAGGGGAAGGAGUACAUGAACACCAGAUGCCCUGCCUGGUGUGACCGAAUCCUCAUGUCUCCGUCUGCCAGAGACCAGUUCUUUAAGCCGGAAAAUGAAGAGAAGUCUGUAACGUAUGAUAACAUUGGAGCCAAUGUCUGCAUGGGGGACCACAAGCCCGUCUUCCUGUCCUUCCGAAUAGCAGCGGGGGCAGGUAAACCUAAUGCAAAUAAGCACAAGUGUUGUGUGGUGCAGUGAUUUUGUGGGAGGUGCUGCCAAAGGGGGGAGAACAUAUUCCGUGAAGCGCCUCUGUGAGAAGAUCAGAGACGCACACACACAGAUACACCAUUUGCACAAGCCUACACUGAAAGCCCAAACUCCUACAGCAAGGCUGCGCAGUCGCAGUCGUGCAGACCCCUCCUCGCUAAACCUUCGGUCCUCAACACUCGGUGACCCCUGAGGGCCCGGCUCCAGGACAGACGCAUCGCUGGCCUCUCCGUUGCCACGCAACCCCGAUUCCCAGAGAAAACAAAAGAACCGGACAGUCUUCUCCCUCCACAGCUUCAGCGACAAAACUCUAAUGGAGGUGGUACUACACACUUCUAAGACCACACUGCCCAUUUUAGGUAGGCCUCUGUGUAUAGAAGCUACUUUCCAGAUAUUAUUUAAGGUGUUUAAAAAAGAGUGCAAUGCAAAAAAAGGUUGUGUCUGUAGAUUGUUAGGGUUAUUUGUACAUUUGAAUAACAUAGAAUUGUUGUUGGUUUUAUGGCUGUGCUGUUCUCUGACCAAACUGUGGUCUCUGCACCACGGCCACAUCAGUGGAGGCUUUGUCUUUUAUAUGCUUUACUUUUAAAAAGAUAAUUUAUGAUUCUUAUCAAAAUGUUUCUGCUGAGGCGAUGAAAGAAGCCGAGGGAUGGAAACAUUUGGGACUCUCAGCAAUGUUUUAAGCAGUGCCAUAGAGCAUACAAGUAUAUAUAUAUAUAUAUAAAUAUAAAGUAUAUAAGAGGAGUUUUCCUAUAUAGCUCUCUCACUUAAUGCCAUUACUCUAACUUAUUUCUAUAAGAUUCUGGUUCUGAAUGUUUGGUAGGUUUGGGUGUCCUAAAAAUGUAAACGGUUUUGUUUUUUCUUCAUGUUUGUUUUCUGCAUUACGGUGCCAAGUAUCCCACACAGACGUGAGAUGUGUAACAAUCCUUUAAGGUGUAGAUUCUACAGCUGUAAGAGAAACUCUAAAUGUGAGGAGAAAGCCUCUGCUUUUCCGCCGUUUUCACAUGGUUUCCUUGGCCACACUACAGCAUUCAGGCUGUUCCAAGCCGCCAUGAUCUCUGCAGCUGGAAAGUCUUCUGUGCUUCUUGCAGCCUUUAGGUUUUUCUUUGGUGACUUUAGGUUGAAGUGGAAAAAACAAACAAAAUAAAGGACAUUUUGGUUUUUUUCCAUGUGGACAGUUUUGAGUUUGCUUAAAGCUCCUGUUUUGUCUCCACUCCAUCAAAAGCAAAUAGAGAUUUUUUGGAGCCCCCUCUGGACGGCCUGCCGUCUUUAGGUGAUGCACUUCUCAAGCAAUAAAAACAUUAGAGCUCAA